UUGUGUCAUGUCGUCUCAUCGUGUAAGCCUACUGAAAUUAAUCGAUUUGGCUAUCGGUUUUCCCGUUUCCGGUUCCGUUAGUUUUAAUCUGCUGCACAAAAUCCUGUACAUUUUGGCUAUCCGAGAUCGAUCGGAAGCUGCCGAGUGCGACGAAAUAGAGCUGAGCACUUCAAGUGAUUUCAUUGCCGUAGCCUUGGCUGGGAACAAAGACCGUGAUGAGGUCAGCCAGACGCGCCUAAUGGUGCAACGGGUGCUUAGCGGCACCGAAGAGGAGCAUUUGCUCAAGAUAACCGGUUCAAGGAUUGUCAUUCCCUGGGAAGAUCGACGGCCGGCCGCAGCUGACUCGGAACGUAUUGAAACACGGAUGAGUGCUAUGUCCUCGGUGGUUUCGGAGCUGGAAGAAAAGGUACAGGAAAUCACGCGGAAGCCCACCGAUAAUUGUGAUAAAAUCGUAAAACAGCUGGAGAAGCGUAUAGAGACAUUGGAAGGUUUGGUAGAGCAGCAGACGACGAAAGUAUCGAUUGAGGACUUCCACCAGCCAGAAUCGGCCGCGGUGGGGGCUAGUAGUGUUGCGAGUGGAGGUCAGGGUGUUGACCACGAUGACACAAGCGAAAUUUGGAAGGCAAUCAGAUCACUGCAGAAUACAAUAGGAACGUUAUUCUCACUUGAUGCAGUACCAAGUGUGAUGCAAAUAGCUGUUGAAGAGGACCAAGCCGAGAGUCACAAUCAGGAGCCAACAGUGUUGGUACAGGAAGCUAAAGAGCUGGAGCGAAGGUCAAAAGAAACGGAAGUCUCGCAUACUACUAAAACGCACGAUUCUUCGGAUGAAAACCCCCUGCAGAUAGCUCAGACGCAGCAUCUAAAGGAUGAAAAAAACUCACAAAUGACGAAGCUGCUCCGUGUACUCCAAAAUCAACAAGCGAAGUUCGAGGAAGCCCUGACAGAUAUUACUGACGAAUUAGAUAAAAUGCGACAGAGCAACCAACGGUUGCAAGCUGAACAGAAAGCUCUAAGCAACCAAAUUACGCAAGGCAUUCAAAAACCGCAAACAAUGCAAAAGACUCAAGUCCCUAAAAAGACGCAAGAUAGCCAGGUGUCACAAAGCAGCCAAAAACUCCAAGACAGCAACCAAGCGUGGCAAGACGUUGAAACGCUGGAAGGAGCCCAAGCACAGGAGAACAAAGCUUUACAAAACGAUCCAGCAAAACAACAUGGGCAGAUUACGGUUGCACCAGGUAGCCAAUUAGAGCAUGCCAACGCAGCUUCCCAGUCUAUAGAGUUCUACAUGGAUCGCUUGCAAGAUGUGCAGUCUUGCACGUCCCGAAUCGAUCGACUGGAAAAUUUGGUCAGUCGCCUAUUCCAGGAAAAGGCCGACGAUGUCAAUAUCGAGUCCCGCGUGAGGCAAUCCAUUCAGUUGGCAUCCAAACAGUCUCGUCCCAGCAUUGCACCAGUGCCGGGUGUCAGUGCCGAAAUGUUUGCCCAGACUCGUCAACUUCUCGAGGACCGAAUCGCGGCACUAUGGGAACAGCUGCAAACGAACGCAAUCGAAAUAACAGCACUCCAAGAAGCCCUGCUUACCAAAACGAGCGAAGACCUUUUGCUUUCCUUUGCCGCUAACACCAAUGACCAAAUUCGUCGGUUGAAGGCUGAUAUGCAAGCAUUUUCUAAAUUGGCGGAAAUCCGUGACGACCGAGCAGCGGGCACAAAAAUGAAACCAUUGCUCAAUGUUCAGUGCAUUUCCUGUGACCGGGACGUACCGAUGAAGGCCUGCGAGGAAGUGAUUCCAUUUCCGCCUGCGGUUGGACCUAGCCGCAAGUUGAAACCAAGUCUACGAUAUCGGCUGCAAGAGAUACGGCAAGGUUUCAAGCAACAUGCGGGUAGUGCCGCUCGCAAUAUGGACAACUUUGAAAUCGUUUAUCGUGAGCUGGCAGAAGCGAAAGCCAAACGUACGAAGUGAG